AUGUUAUUUAAAUAUACAACUAAAGAAGUGACAAUGACAAUAGCUUCGUAUCCAGUUGAUGCAUAUCCAUUGCUUGUCUGUCUUUCUGUUCAUCAAGGUCAAAUUGAUGUUGUAUCUGUAAUCCAAGGUACUAUGUCGAAUGAAGAAACAUAUGCUGUUCUUUUAGAAACACGCAAAAAAUUCGAUCAUCGAGCCGAACUUUCACAUUCGAAAAUUUGCCAUACUCAUAUUAUCUCAAAUGAAAAUCAGUCGAUGCCAGCACGUGUCUUGGAGCUAAAUACUGAAUAUUCACCUAUUAUAGAAAGAAUAACUAGAGAGUUUGAAAAUUCGUUUAUGCAGAUCAUUCGUAUUGAUAAAGUUGAAAAUGCAACAUGGCUCGUACAAUAUCUUGAACAGAAAAAACUUAUCGAUGCUCGACUUGGUCAUGAUCAAAGUGAACAGUAUCUCUUUCAUGGAUGUUCAUGUUCAGCUGCCGAAAAAAUUAUUCAACACGGUUUUGAUCAUAAACUUAUCGGCAUGCAUGGCGUAACAUAUGGCUAUGGAUUCUAUUUUUCUUCCGAUCAUCGAGUUAGUCAUAUUUAUACAACUUUAGAGCAGUUCAAUGAUAAUGAAAGAACUAUGCUUCUAUGUCGAGUACUUGUUGGUCGAACGCGUCUAGGUAAUCGAACCAUGAGAAUAUGUCCAAUUGGAUAUGAUUCAACAACAGAUACAUCAAAUACAUAUGUUGUAUAUUCGAAUCGACAAAUAUUGCCUGUAUAUGUCAUCACUUAUAAAGAAAAACUUGAUGCUAAUAGAACCUAUUCCAUUGCUUAUAGAAACAACUCAUUUAAUGCAGUACAAGGACAGGCGAGUCAAGCGAUUUCUCAAGACAAGUCACUUUUGCCCAGUUUUUUUCGUUCUCCUUUUUUUUAUAAAGACAGUCAACCAUAG